GAAAAAAAAAAAAGUACUAAUUCGAACAUUAAAUUCAAAUUUAGGUGCCAAAAGGUAAAUUGAAAUAAGUAGGGUUUGAAGGUGUUGACUAUUAAACUUAAAGCAGUCAGCCGCCCAUCAGAAUUCAACUUCUCUUUCCCAUCCGUCCUUUAAGCGAAAUCCGACGGUUUAAAUUCGUUAGGUUUUGCAACAGGAAAGGAAGAAUCUAAUCCGUCUAAAUCCAGCCAGCUGCCCGUCGAUAGCCGUCUCUACUCCGGCGGCCACCCCGUCUCCCGGUUCCUCUGUCGCCGGCGCCUAUUACCGUUGUGUCGCCCCGUUCGUUCUUCCAUCAAGACACUGUCGUCGUUCCGGUGAAGCUGCUGCUUCCUCUGUCGCUGGCGUUCACCACUGCCUUCGCCUCCUCCGCUUCAGCCUUCAGUCGUCGCCGUCCCGCUGUGCCGCCGGUCAAUCUCGUCCAAUUCCUGGUAUCUCCAUGACUUCUAUGGACAGUUGUUUUUUUUCUAUGGACAGCUGCAAUUUCUUGAUUUUGUUGAUGAUAAAUUAAUUUUUGUGUAAGUUGCAAUUUUUUAAUACAUAUUACAGUUUUGUCUCCAUUCCACUCACUCCACCAAUUUCUAAAACCCUAACAGUAAGAAAGAAAAUACCACCAAUUUCUCCACCCGCCACCGCCAUCAUCGUUUCAUAAGCAGUUAGGCACUCUAUUUUUGCAGCUCACCCUUUAAUAGAAAAAAUAAAAAAGGCCUGUAACCCGGAAUACACCGCUCGGACACGGUUCAUGAAACAAUACAAUAGAAACCUAGUCCCUAACAAUUCAAGAAAAACUAGGUUUUUUUCAAUCUCUUCUAUAUUCAAUCCUACUUUUCCUCGAAGCUGCCAGUAAAUCAAAUUUUCUUUUUGGGUGUUUGCUUCUUUAAUUUCUUGAUUAAUCGGUGAGCUCUUUUCGUUCUUCAAUCAUUAAUCGAAAAAAUGGGAAAAUUAGGUAAAAAGGCAAGGAAGUUUGCGAAGAAGAAUCUUCAAUCUGUGUUGAAAAGAAAGCGGCAGUUGAAAUCCAUGUUCAAAAAGAAGGCUUCUAAAAGAGACGAGCAGGAUGAAGCCGAAAACCUGGAAGAAGAUCAAAUAGAGAAGUCAAGUGGAAGAGACUUGGAAUGCGAAAAUAUAGAGGAUUUUGAGCUUGAUGCGGUAUUUAGUGAUGAGAGUGAUGUGGUUGAAGAUGAUUCGGAGAGUGAUGGAUAUUUAUCUGAGGGCUCGAGCUGUCCAUAUACAGAUGAAAAUGGAACUGAGAGUGAUCAAGAUGGUGAAGAUAUGGAUGUAGACAACGGUGGUGCUAUUGAGUUAUUGGAGCAGAACAGGGCGAUUUGUAUAGAGCUUACAGAGAAGAAGAAAAAAUUAGAGAGGCUACAGAAAAAGGAUCUUGAAUUUUCUAAGUUUCUGGAAAGCUAUGAGAAUGGCCUUGGGAAAUUAAGGGAUGACAAGAAUUAUUCUGAUGAGGACAAUACUAGUGAAGAUGGCACAGAGAGUCCUGAGAAAGGCACUGUAAAUUUAAGGAAGGGCAAGUUGUUCACUAGCUCUGCCUUCAAUUCGUUGUGCCAACUAGUCAGAGAACAUCGUAGCAUAUCUGCACUUACUAGUUUAUUGAAUGAGUAUAGAGCUGCAUGCCAUUAUGGGUCUGAACCAUCUGAUCUUCAUGAUGUCGCCUUGUGCUCUGGACUUCAAGACAGCAAAACAUUUUCCAAGAUUUUAAUCUUCAUGCUUCAGGAGGCUGAUAAUAUUUUUCGAGAAAUGCUUGGAAUUUCAAGUUCUAGUUGCAAAAAGGAGGCCAUUUUAGAGUUGAAGAAUAGUUCAAAAUGGAAAACUAUGAAGCCACUGAUCAAGUCUUAUUUGGGAAGUACACUUUUUCUCCUGAAUCAAGUUACUAACUCUGAGAUACUUGCCUUCUCUUUGGUUCGAGUCAGAGCCUCUGUAAUAUUUUUUGCCACUUUUCAUCCAUUGCUGCGCAGACUAAUCAAGAUUGCAGUUCAUUUAUGGGUAACAGGUGAAGGGACACUUGCAUCGCAUUCUUUCCUGGUCAUUAAAGAUGUGGCUUCUGUGUUUAGCUCAGAUUGUUUCAACUCGUGCUUGAUUAAAACAUACAAGGCCUUCAUCACUCACUGCAAAUUUAUCGAUCCAGUUUCAUCCAAACAUAUACAGUUUCUGCACAAUUCCUUUAUUGAGUUAUGCUCUCAAGAUGUUCAAAACUCAUCUAGAAAGGCAAUGGUUUGUGUUGAACAGCUUUCUAAGAUAUUGCAAACAGGUCUAAAAACAAAGAAGAAGGAGGCUGUCAAAAGGAUAUGCAGUUGGCAAUAUACAAACUGCAUCAAUCUUUGGGCUUCAUUUAUAUCAGCAAACGUGAAACAUUAUGAUCUCCAGCCAUUGUUAUACAUGAUCAUUCAGAUUAUCAAUGGAGUAGCUGUCUUGUUUCCUGGACCAAGAUAUUUACCUCUAAGAAUUAAAUGCAUUCAGUGGUUGAAUAACCUUUCUAGUGCAAGUGGGGUUUUCAUUCCUGUUGCAUCAUUUGCUAUGGAUAUUUUGGAAUAUAAAACUGGGAAGGACAAUGGGAAACCUGGAAAAGAUUUCAACUUCUCUUCCACUAUAAAGUUGCCAAAACAUUGGCUAAAAUCUCGUAAGUUUCAGGACAAGUGUGUUUCAUCUGUCAUUGAAUUACUUGCAACGCACUUUGCUCAAUGGAGCUGCCACAUAACUUUCCCUGAGCUGGCUACUAUACCCCUGAUCUGCCUUAGGAAGUUUCUUGAGACUACAACCAUCGAGCGUUUCCAGCGUGUGGUGAAGCGAUUUGUUGAUCAGGUGGAGCAGAACAUUGAAUUUAUGCAAAGAAAGAGAGAUGAGGUGGCAUUUUCACCGAAAGAUCAUCAAAUUGUUGAUUCAUUUCUGCAGUUUGAGAAGUCCAAUGCUAAUGCUUCAUUCACACAAUAUUACAAGAGUAUAAUCGAGAAGGCUGCUUCCUCAAAACCAGUUAUGAAUCAGAAGAUAAGUUCCUUGUCUCAAAAGAAGCCAAAAAGAAAAGAAAGACGGCUGCCAAACAGCACCGUCCAUUUGAAUGCUAUUGAUGAAGUUGUGGAGGAAAAAAAGAAGUCGACUGAUAAUGGAGGAGGCGGAAAAAUGAGAAAGAAAAGAAUAACUAAGACAUUGCCUCUGCUUACUAAUACACAAGAGUAAGAAAAGUUUAUGAAUCAUUAAUUCCCAGACCGGUUAUUUAAUGAUUUGUAUAUGUAAAGCGAAGGAAAUUUUUGUUAGCAAAAGCUAGGUCUGAACAUCAAGACAAACAGGUUUUGUAUGAGAUAUUUGUCAUGAAAGAAUCUAGUCUUGGAUUAUCUGUUGGUCUAGAUUCAUUCUUUUGUUGGUGUUUUUUGUUUAUGGCCGAUGAUUGGAAUAUGAAAAUGAAACCUUUACAAUGA